CGCGCGCGCGCUGACGGACAAAGUGCCUUUGGCCGGGCUGGACCGACGGCGCGUCCGGCGCCUCUCCGACCGGCGCAGAGUCUGGCGCCCAGCGGGGCCCAGGCCGGGCAGCCCGGCUAGCAGCUGUCGGGGGCCGCGGCCAUGCAGAGACCCACUGGCCAGGGCGCCGCCUUCUCCAUCGACUCGCUGAUCGGGCACUCGCCGCCCGCGCCGCGCUCCGGCCCGCUGCUCUACACCGGAUACCCAAUGUUCAUGCCCUACCGGCCGCUGGUGCUCCCCCACGGGCCACUGCAGACGGCUGCUGGCCUCCCUCCGCUGGCGCCGCUGGCCUCCUUCGCCGGCCGCCUCACCAACUCCUUCUGCGCCAGCCUCGGCCAAGCUGUCCCAUCCAUGGUAGCGCUCACCACCGCGCUGCCCAGCUUCGGCGAGCCCCCCGACGGCUUCUACCCGACGCAGGAGCUGCCGGCCGCCGGACGAGGCAACGCAGAGCCGCCCUGCCGCCGGCGGAGCGCGCCUGAUGGCGUGGAGACCGACGAGCUGCCCCCGGGACGGGACAAAGGGCCGCCGGAGCCGCCCCUCCACUUCCCGGAGCCCUUCCCGGGCCUGGCAGAAGUGAAGGCCUACAGUUCCGACGAGGAGAAGCUGGACGGGCGGCCUGGCGAGGCGGCGGGCGGCAGCGAGCGCGAAGAGGAGGAGAGCUCGGCCGAGAGCGAAGAGGAGCCCUUCGUGGACGGGGCGGGCGGCGGCGGCGGCGGCGGCGGCGGCUCUCUGGGCGCCGGGGCCAAGGCCAAGGCCAAGCGGGUCCCCGGCGAGCCGGCGUCGUCUUCGGGCUCGGCGCCCUCGUCGUCGUCGUCGUCGGGGCCGGGCAAGAGCCGCCGUCGGCGCACGGCCUUCACGAGCGAGCAGCUGCUGGAGCUGGAGAAGGAGUUCCACUGCAAGAAGUACCUGUCGCUGACGGAGCGCUCGCAGAUCGCGCACGCGCUCAAGCUCAGCGAGGUGCAGGUCAAGAUCUGGUUCCAGAACCGGCGCGCCAAGUGGAAGCGCAUCAAGGCCGGCAACGUCAGCGGCCGCUCCGGGGAGCCCGUCAGGAACCCCAAGAUCGUCGUGCCCAUCCCCGUGCACGUCAACCGCUUCGCCGUGCGCAGCCAGCACCAGCAGCUGGAGCAGGGACAGCACCCGUGAGCGGGCCCCCCAUGGACGGAC